GGUCGCAGCUGCACGGGCGCAACUCACCUCCAAACAUCGCACCGAGCUGACUAGAUCCAAAAGUCAACUUCCGCGUAGCAUUGGCCAGAGGAGCUUCAAGAUGAUCCAUCAACGCAAAGAAUUCUUCUUUCUUCUUUUGCUUUGUUUCCCUUUGAGCCGUGGGCAGUCUGAGUGUCCAACGGGCUGGCUGGAGCACGGGGGCAAGUGUUACUACUUCUCCAGCGACACCAAGACAUGGAAGGAGGCAAAUGCCUUCUGUUUGUCACAUGACAGCAAGCUGACGAGCAUUUUGGAUGCCGACGAGAAGGACUGGCUGAGGACAACAUUCAGACAGGGCAAGGCUUGGCUGGGCCUGACGGACGAGCACACGGAGGGAGUGUGGAGUUGGACUGAUGAAAGUCUCUUCACCGAAUCGAUGGCGAACUGGGGGGAAGACCAGCCAAACAACUAUGCCGGAGGGAAGCGAGGUGCACACUGUGCCGCCAUGGUGACCCGCCUUGAGGGUCGCUGGUUCGACUACGACUGCGACAGCAGCACAGCCAACUACAUCUGCAAACGGGCCAACCUCGAGUCCAUUGUGGCGCCAAAAGAAAAUCAAGUCUUGGACAUCAGUGAAGAACAGGCAGCGAAGCCCGUCGACCAGAUAGUGAUGGUGCCAAAAGAAAAUCAAGAGUUGGAUGUCAGUGAACAGCUGGCAGUGGAGCUCGUCACCCAGAUGGCCAUUGCGGGAAAGGUGGUGCCUAAACCAGAGGAAGACAGCAAGACUGAGACCAAACUGCCAUGUUCACCUGGUGAAGUCAGAUGCUCCCGCAAAGUGAUUCUGAAACCUAAAUCCUAUUUCGGCGAGGCAUCUCUAUUCGGGGAGCUGGUUGGAGGUCUCAAGAUGGGCAACAUCAUCAUCGUCAAAGGAAAAUUCUGGCCGAACGCAAAACGCUGUUUCAUCAACCUUGAGGGUGAUGGUGACCUCCAAGCUUUCCACAUGGACAUUCGCUUCGACUAUUUUGGAAAUAAGAGAGUGUUUGUGCGGAACAGCAAGGUGUCUGGCAAAUGGGGCAGGGAGGAGCGCCAGCUGACCUCUUUCCCGUUUGUGCCCGAACAGUUUUUUGAGAUCCACAUCCGCUGUGAUGCCAAUUCCUUCCACGUGACCCUCAACGGCGGCGUCCACCUGGACUACAAGUACCGAUCAGGCUUAGACGAGAUCAAGCGUGUGAGACUGCUUCGUGCUGCGAUGCAGACAGACGUCACCCUGAUGUGA